AUGUCGUCUCUGAACCCCAACCGUGCAAACAAGGUCGACGUGUCGUCUCUGUCACCUGAAGAGCAGCGGAUUUUCAAGCUCUACGGCAAGCUGCCUACCCAGAAGGACGUGCUUUCCAAGAAAAUCAACGAGCGAAAGUACUUCGACUCUGGAGAUUAUGCCAUGAGCCGGGCUGGACGGGUCGACUCGGUAGAUGCCGGCCAGGUCGGACUUCAGCACCCCAACCCCGAAAAGAUCUCUAAGCUCCAGCACAACGGUUGUGGAGGAGGUUCGUGUGCUCCUGGCGGCUCGUCGCCCCCAGGUGUCCAGUCGCCUAUCAAAGAGAGCAGCCAGCUGAGCCAGAACAACUAG